UUCUCUAUGUUGUCUGGACGUCCAUGUCUCACCCGCAUUGGCCCGAGCCUCAGCUGCAACUCCAGGUUUUAUUAGCAUUCUCCAUCGCAGGGCCGCGUUUUAGUAUAAACAUUCCACCAAUAUCGCGAUAUUGUCAAUAUCAACAACCUAUUUAAAAUACCAGCUGGAAGCCAUGUAGAACUCCGAUUGUCAGGCCAGGUCUCUCCUCAACUUUCUUUCGCUACUAUUAGCCCAGUCGCUCAUUUACCAUAUGCUUCACUUCUAGUCAUUCCUUAAAUUUGUUUUAUCUUUUUGCAGUUUUCAUUCCGUUAGCACAAUGACUACGGGAUACUCACUCACAAACCAUUACGGUGGCCAGGGGCUACUCGAUAGCUUCAGUUUCUUCACUGGGAUUGAUCCUAGUCACGGUUUUGUUGAUUAUCAAAGCAAGGAGGAUGCUUUAGAAAAAAACCUAGUAUCUAUCGGUCAUGAUUUCAAUAACGUUAUACUUGGUGUCGAUUCGAACAAUACCUAUUCAGCCAGUGAUAAGGGGCGGCCAAGUGUGCGACUUACUAGUCAUGAUACCUUUAGCCAUGGUCUUUUUAUUGCGGAUUUUCAUCAUAUGCCGGCUUCAACGUGUGGAACAUGGCCUUCUUUUUGGGCUUUCAACAAUCAACACGAUGGUACCGAUUGGCCUUUAGGUGGCGAGCUUGAGAUUAUCGAAGGCGCAAAUACUGCCGAGAGGAAUUUAUUCUCAGCUCAUACAACGGAAGGCUGUCAUUCUCCAAUUACUGGGUUUUCAGGAAAGCAAGGCUCAGCUAAUUGCUCGCCAAGUCAUGGAAAUAUCGGGUGCAAUUACGCAUCUCCUCCUUCCGAUACUACUUCUUACGGUGAUUCGUUCAAUGCGGAGGGAGGUGGUGUAUAUGCUUUGAAGUGGGAUUCAGAAGACCUGAAAUUAUGGCAUUUCCCACGCUCUGCUAUACCCGAUGAUAUCACGUACGGUCAUGUCGUAGGGCCCGAUCCUUCAUCUUGGGGACCACCGCACGCAAUCUUUGGUGGCUCUUCCUGCAAGCCUGAAAACUACUUCUUCAACAUGAGUCUUGUUAUUAACACUAACUUCUGUGGUGACUACGCGGGCAAUAUCUGGGGAAAAGCAGAUCAAUGCAACCAACUUGCACCCACAUGCGAGGAAUUUGUCGCAAAUAACCCACACAGCUUCCAAGAAGCAUACUGGGAUAUAAACUAUAUCGACGUUUACCAAUAUGGGCCGCUAACCAACAUGACGGUCCCGCCCCUUUCCCCGAGUGUCUCAUCCUCGGUUACCCCAUCGAUCUCCAGCACAACACCUGCCCCGAGUGGAGUGACCCCAACUUUCACUCGAACCAUCACUUUGUCUACAGUACUUCCAGUCGAAACCGAUGGCAGCAUGGUAGACCCAAGUACCAUUGACGGAUACACACUCCUCGGAUGUUUUGAAUCUGGUGCCGGCCACGAAUCCUUCUCACAGAUAUCCUCACACCCAGGAAUGGACAAUGGGGCUUGUGUAGCUGCUUGUACCGGGCGAAAGUAUGCUGGUGUAUACGACCAGACCUGCUACUGCGCUGAUACCCUCGGGCCAUCUACUGCGGUUGAGAACGCCAUGUGUGACACCCCAUGCAAAGGGAAUGAUAACCAAGUCUGCGGCGGUUCUGCCGCCUCCCCUGAGCAACUCGAGUCCUCUGAUUUCAAGAUCAACUCUGCUCACAAGACCAACACAUCCGAUCUUACUUCUCAAAAUCACCGCCGUCACUCUCCAGCCGGCAUCCUCCUUACGGUCUACUCCAAUUUCGAAACCGCGCGUGCUCCUCCCGGCGCUCCUGCUAUGGGCGGUAGCCCCAUGGAUCUUUACCCUACCGUGCCGGCGCACAAUGUUUCAGUAACCACUGCCCUUACCGUAACUUAUACUACUGUAUGUUCGACAAACCCGGCUACCCUAGUUGAAGUUGAAUACGCGACAACUGUCACAUACGAGGACUGCGGCUGCACCGCAUCUAAGCAUAAGACCGACCAUCCCGCUAUAUACUCCAUGAAUGCUACGACAACGCUCCCCACUACUGCCAUAACGACAGUGCCCAUGACAACGCAUAUAGAAUCAUGCCGAGCAUGUGGCCCACAUGGCGAAAGCAUAGUCACACUCACCGUGCCUGAGGCAGUAGUCACUGAAGUCGUUACCUCGAUCGCAGUCCACACUGUCGUCCCUGUUAUCAGCAACAGUACUACCUAUACAAGUACUACCUAUACACCUCUAGCUCCCGGCACAGUAGUUCCACUUCCUCCCCAUCCCAAGCCUAGUGCCUAUCCUGGCAAUACCAUGCCAGUGGUUGCCGCUGCUCCCCCGAGUAAAUCGACUAGCUUUCUUGAGGUGAUUGGAUGGGGCAUUGCGCUGUGGUUUGGGAUAUUCGGAUUCAUGCUUGUCCUAUGAUCAUGGCUACCUAGGUAGCUUUCUACCCUCACUUCGUUCUCUUCCCUCUCCUUUGUUUUCUUGGUGGCUUGGAGUUCUGAUGCAUUUCAUCCUAUCAUUUUUGCGCUCCAACCUACUCAUUUCAUGUAUAACAUAUUCAGCAUGGGGUAAACGGUGUUCUAAGGGGUCGAGGCACAUGCAUAGGGGGUGAUAGGGGCAUUCUUACGACGAUUAUGAGAUCUAGGUACCAUUAGCCUAUGU